AUGGAAGACCGGCCGGCUGCGCCCUCGCGGCCCAGCGGGAUUCCUCGCAUGUCCCGACUCCCCGUUCCUAAGACUGGAGAGCUUGAAUGCCGCCCCCGAGCCCGCAAUCCCAGCUCCGCGGAUUCGACCGGCGCCCUCGCGGGAACGUCUGAGCACCGCAAGCUCCUCGACCACUACUCGGAGACAGAACGCCCCUGCUGCCGCACCCCAGCCGACGUUGAGGCCCCAGACCUCGAGGCCGAGCCUCCGCACAUCAGCAUCCAAUUCUCGGUUGAGUCAGCCGCCGCCGGCGAGGAAGCCCGUCGAUCCUGUGAGGCGCCAGAGCGCGAGGGUCGCUCCCGCGCCCGCCCCCACCCGGCCCCCGGUGCAGACUACGGUCCCUAA